AUGUCGUUCGACAUAAACAAUCGAGUCUCAGAGAGGCAAGCAUCGCCUUUCCGACGCGCCUCGACAUUCGAUCGCGAUAUACAUGCGAAGCUCCCAUCACCUCCUCAAGACGAUGUUCCGCAUCCACGACAUGCCAUUCGCCCAAGGUCUCUAGCAGAUGCGUAUCGAGACGCAUCAAAGCAUACAAUGGCUCCCACAUACGAUGACGAUUACAACUAUGUAACGACACCAAGCCCUCGAUCGCGCCAAACAAUCAACGCGUUUUCUCCGGUCUCUCCUCCUCCCCAAGAACUCGAAGAUGCAUACAAACGAAUUGAUGAAGAUAACGCUCUGGCCCAUCUCGUACCGGACAAUGACUGGGAGUCGCAACGCUCCACAAGCCGAAGUCGCCCAUCGCCUUCCCGCAGAGACACCAACAGCGGUAGAGGAUCUGCAAAUGGGCACUUCUCCGGUGCAGAAUUUGGGGACGAGCUCGGCGAAGUUCAACCCCGUACGGGCAGGGAUUAUACCAAGGAUGAGGAGCGCCUGAAGCGCGUCACGGGCCAACGGUCGCCGGUCUUCAGCAGAGCUCAGGUCGGACGGGAUGUGUUGACAGCAGACAAUUUGAGAAGACGGAUGGAGGACAAGACCGAGGCGGAGCAUUCUUCCCCAGAGGAUGACCGAAAUGGUGUCCCUUCACCGAACAUACCCACUGGCUGGGGUCAUCGGGCCGGCCACCGCCAGGAGUGGGAGAGAAGACCCGUCCAGCGCAGUUAUUCCGCAGAACAGCAGGAAAGGCGCUGGUCGCCAUCUAGCGCGGAGCUUGAAGAAACACAGGCGAACAGAUCUACGCGCCCGCGUCCUCGGAGCGCUCUUGAAGAACGCGCCGACUCGCAUGUGCAGCCAACGGAGAACUCGAAUGACGAACAGCCCGGUUCAAAGCGGACCUCUCCCGUUAUUGGCGGCGAACCGAUCCCCAAUUCCCCCAUUACAGUCUACAAGAACUCCUCGAUCCAAAGACCCAGUACCAGCAAGCGCGAUUCCCGGGAUUUACUACGGAAGUUGUCCAGGACUGAAAACCCCAAACCCGAUCAAGUCCAGACACCGGAACCACCGAAACUCUUUCAAAGACAGAUCUAUGACAAGACUCCCCGUGUGACUGGCGCAUGGGUCGACACUCCUAUGACCCAGCGUGUGGCCGAGAAGGUCGAGCUCCCUGAAGAUCUGACAAGAGACAUUGUUCAUCCACCCACGAACCAAGAACCGAAGGACGUUGCUCCUGCUAAACCAAAUGAUGAAACAAACACCGAGGAACCGAAGCCCGCACAGACGACUGAGAAAAACCAUCCUCCUGCACCGAUUCCUGAGAGGCACUCAAGGGCGCCAUUGCCUCGGCCCCACUUACCUAAAAGUGCAUUGGAGACGGUCAUUGAGGAUGCCAGCUCCGGCAAGGACGUUGAGUUCGGAGAAGAUACCAUCGAAUCUCUCCAGGCGAUUAUGGAAAAUGGGCCCAUUGAGACCAAAGUCGAAGAGGAGGACGACAAAGCCUACGAAGCGGCUGUUCUCGCCGAACUCGAAAAGGACAUUUCAACAGGGAACAAGGAAGUCGACUUAGAUUCCCUGAAUCUCAAGCUCAAUUCACUAACGAGACAUAUCGACGAAGUCAAAAAGGGACUAAACGGACUGGAAACCUACAUCACGCGUGGCGCCGCAAUCGUCUCGCAGGGAAAGUCCCCAAAGGAGAACCUACACCAAGCACACUUCCACACAGCCGACACCUGCAAAGGCUGUGCCGUACACUCCGAUGGACGCGUCUACGCCGCGAUACCACUUCCUCGGCUGUGGACACGGAGCCCACGAUCCCAACGUCUCCGUCCCACAACCCUAGCCUGGUUCCUCGUCCUCGCAUUCUCGUGGUACAUCAUCGAAUGCCUGAUGUGGGACCGCUACAGCCACCCCGAGAUCUCAGAAAGCUGUGAGGGAUACUGUCUGCAGCCAGACGCGCCUGUAUUCCCCUGGGUGACUGCCACCAUGCUGUGGCGCUGGUCACAUCUGUCGAUCCUUGUCACGCCUGUUUGGGCCAUCGGUCUCGCUUUCUCGAGGCUCGUGGCGCAAUUGGUGGGUCUGUCUGAUGGCUAUGUGGAUGAUGCGACGGAACUUGGGAAUAUCUUCGGCGAAAUCCGUAUCAAUGGCACUCCGGUUGCGUUUCCUUGGUUGUCGGCGCCCACUGCUGAGAUCAAUGUACCGCGGUCGCAGCAGCCGGUUUAUACACAGCAGGCUGCGCAGCCUCAGCCGGUACCCCCGCAGAUGUGGGCGACUGGGCAGAUCUCGACGGAUGAGGCGAUGGAUAGUGAUGAAUUCCUUUGA